UCACAUUCGCACACAUUACUUAGAAUCUUAAACCAAAGAGAAAGAAAUUCAAAAAACUGACACAAAAACAGACCACCUUCCUUCCCUUCCCUGACCUCUCCCAUUUCAUUAGCCAGUACGAAACAUAUGCCAGACGCGCACCAAUUGGGUUGCGCGUUCCCCCCCGCACUCUCUCUCUCUCUCUCUUAAAUCUUCCCAUGAAAGCUCAAAAGACUAGCACAAGCACGACCAUUUAAUACACAACUGCAGACCAUUUCUUUGUCUCACUAAUACAGAGGCCUACCGUAAGUGCGUGUCUGAAUGUGUGAAAUGGCCGUCUCAAAGAGCAACAAGAAGAAGCAUCAGAGUUACAUAUCCGUGCCAUCUCAGAUCAUCAACUCAAUCUCGCAGUCAUCUCUCGAGUCUUUGCUGCAUUCUCCCAAGAGAAAACAGAGUCAUGGCUCAAAGCUCAGGGUUUUGCUCAAGAAUCCGUGGUUUUUCAUGUUCUUGUUUUUUGUAUUUGGUUUUCUGUGGAUGUUGAACAUGUGGUCGCACUUUGAUCCCGCAAUACCUUUUGGGCAGAACCCAUGUUCUGUUUCUCAAGAAAAGGCGUCAUUGGCAACUGGGCUCUCGAGUUCUGAGCUGAAUGUUGAUGGAAGAAGGGGUGAAAAGGCUGGGUUUUGGGCGCAGCCUGAUGGUAUGGGGUAUAAGCCUUGUUUGGACUUCAGUCCAGGGUACAGAACAGAAAGUGGUGAUAUUGUGAAAGACAGAAGUAAGUACUUGUUGGUGGUGGUGUCCGGAGGGAUGAACCAGCAGAGGAAUCAGAUUGUUGAUGCUGUGGUGAUUGCAAGAAUUCUUGGUGCAGCUUUGGUUGUGCCCAUCUUGCAAGUCAAUGUAAUUUGGGGUGAUGAAAGUGAAUUUUCGGAUAUAUUUGAUUUGGAUCAUUUCAAGAAUGUCUUGGCAAAUGAUGUUCGAAUAGUCUCCUCACUUCCUUCAACCCAUUUGAUGACGAGGCCGGUGGAGGAGAAGAGGACUCCCCUUCAUGUCUCCCCGGAGUGGAUACGCUCACGUUACCUUCGACGUAUUAGGAGGGAUGGUGUGCUACUAUUGCGUGGCCUGGACUCGAGGCUUUCCAAGGACCUUCCUUCUGAUCUUCAAAAGCUUCGUUGCAAGGUUGCUUUUCAUGCUUUGAGGUUUGCCCCACAUAUCCAAGAGCUCGGUGACAAGCUUACAGAGAGAAUGAGGAGCAAGGGACCUUAUCUUGCUCUUCAUCUUCGAAUGGAGAAGGACGUGUGGGUAAGAACCGGUUGUCUUCCGGGUCUUACUCCAGAUUAUGAUGAGAUGAUCAAUAAUGAGAGAAAGACACGUCCGAAGCUCUUGACUUCAAGAUCCAACAUGACCUACCAUGAACGAAAACUUGCUGGGCUCUGCCCCUUAAAUACCUUGGAAGUUGCAAGAUUGCUCAAAGCUUUGGGAGCUCCUAAAAGUGCGAGGAUCUAUUGGGCUGGAGGAAUUCCACUGGGAGGAAAGGAAACCUUGCUCCCGUUGACGAGAGAAUUUCCUCAUUUCUACAACAAGGAAGACCUUGCCUUGCCAGGGGAGCUGGAGCCAUUUGCAAAGAAGGCUUCUAUAAUGGCUGCUAUAGACUAUAUAGUUUCUGAAAGAAGUGAUGUAUUCAUGGCAUCUCAUGGUGGAAAUAUGGGCCACGCCAUCCAGGGGUACAGGGCCUAUGCAGGACACAAGAAGACUAUCAUCCCAAACAAAAGGCAAAUGCUCACAUAUUUCAUGAACUCCUCUCUUCCCGAUUCUGAGUUCAACAAUAUCAUACUGGACUUGCACCGGGAUUCGUUGGGGCAGCCAGAGCUUCGGACUAGCAAAGCUGGGAGGGACGUGACAAAGUAUCCUAUCCCAGAGUGCAUGUGCAAUAAUACAAAUGUUGAUGCUUCCGUCUGAUGAUACACAAUACAUUAUUCUUCAUGUCACUGGUCUGGUUUCCACUUGAUAAGUUAUGAUCUUUGGCAGAACGCCAAGCAAUCAGGCUUAGAAAUGCAUUAGGGCCUAUUCUUAAGGUCACACUUCACAGUAUGCCUUCACCUUUCAGCAUUGAUCGACCUUCUUAAAAGCUUGGAGGCAAGAAAAUUCACAUUUUGAGGAUACACUGGAAGAAUCACCGAAUUCUUGCACUGUUUCUAUAUGUAGAACAAUACCACGAGGAACUAUUGUAGUAUACAGUAAAAUAAGCAGCUUUCUCCAUUGGUUUC